AAGUUAGUUAGCUUCGUUUUGACUUUUUGAUGAAUUAAUGUGCCACCGUCAGAUUUUUUGUUUAGUUUUCCUAUCAAAUCCAAACCUUUUAAAUCCAAAAUUGGUUGCAGAUAAAUUAAAAAAUUCAACUACCUUUCAAACCAAUUAUGUAUAUAUAUGAAAUUGCUGAGAGAUUCAUUUAGCAUUUUACUAUUAAUGCUAAUUGUUGUAGUACUAAUCAUUCUAACCACACGUCACUUCCUUUCUUCUGUGGUCAAAAAAGGACAUUGGAUUGUUGUCAAAAAAGGAAAAGUAGUUAUCCUUUCCAACUGAAAUUUCUCAACAUCAAAAGGUGUGCCAAUUAAAAAAAACUCAAAUCAUACAAGUUAUCCCACACCCACACCAUUUGGUUAGUAGACCCAUACCUUAUCUUUAUUUAUACAAAUAUAAAGUUUCUCAUCUCUUAUUUAUUAGUGCCACAGUCACAAAAGCUAAAGGUAAAAAGUGUAAUGGCUCCGGUGAAGCUCCCAUGUGAUUUAGAGGAAGAGAUACUCUCUCGGCUUCCACCUCUAUCUCUUGUACGGUCCAGAACCGUAUGUCAACACUGGAACUCUCUUUUACACGACAAGAGUUUCCUCAACAAACACGUGGCUCGUGUCCGUCCCCAGUUCAUUUUCCUCACCGAAUCCAAGGCUCACUCUAUCAACAUCGAUCUCCACACAGGAGGAACUGAUCCAACGGUAGAAGUGCACGAGGUACCUUCUGACUUUCCUUAUCAGGCCAUAGACUUGACGCAUACCACCAUCACUUCUUGCGACGGGUUCUUGUUCCGCCACUUUUGGAAACAAGGUGUUGCGUUUUGGAACCCGUGGUUAAGACAAGUAGUAUGGAUCGAGUACGUCGACAAAAGCUUCCACUUCUGCGGUGUGGGAUACGAUUACGAUAGCAACGUACCCGAAAAGCGUUACAAGAUCUUAGGGUAUUUAAACUGUCUCCGUGACGUAAGCGACACGUACCAAGUGAGUUACAAAAGAGUUGCGAUCUACGAGUGUUCAUCUCGCGCGUUGAAGUUUCUUGAUGCUCCUUUCAAGAACUGGCCCACCAUGGAUCCGUUGUCCUUGAACGGGAAUCUCUAUUGGGUUACUAGUAACCCCGAGACUCAUGAGUGUUUCAUCCGAAGCUUUGACUUCUCGAGCGAGACGUUCAAAACGUUUUGUCUCCUUCCGUGUGAGAAGAACCAUUCUCGCGACCAACUUGUCCUUGCGGUUUAUAAAAGAGAUGGGUUUUCAUUGUUGAAGCAAUGCUAUGUAACAGGGGAGAUUAGUGUUUGGGUGACUAAGGAGAAGAUUGAUGCAGCGGAAGUGGUCUGGAUCAACUUGAUGACUUUGCCAACAAGUAACUUACCGAAGUUGAUUAAUAAGCUUUGUGGGAUUAGUUACUUCAUCUUUGAGAAGACUCUGAUCAUGUGUUGUGGCGACCAAGAGACUGGAGCUGCUAGCAUCUAUAUUGUGAGGGAGGAUAUGUGCAAGAAGAUCCAAAUAGGUUAUGAAAUUGUUCGGUUUUCUCAUUGUGUUUAUCUUCCUAAUUUUAUAUCGGUUCCUUCAGAAUUUAGAUCGCUGCCUGUUUAAAUUUUAGCUUUGAUUGUUUUAUUACAAAUAUUAAUUCAAUAUAUUUAGCUGCCUGCUCAUUGUUGUUGGAGCAGAGAGUAGAAAGGUACUUCUGUUUGAAUUUUUUUGUAUGCUGUCUCUUUGUGGAUUGAUUUGGAAAUAUAUGAUAGUACACAUGAACAAUA